AUGGCUUUGCAGUUCGAAGCCUUUGGUGCAGGAGGCCUGGCCCCAGGCUGGAGCCUGACAGUUCAAGGACACGCAGAUGCUGGAGAUGACAAGUUUGAGAUCAACUUCUUAACGGACUCGGGAGACAUCGCCUUCCACGUCAAACCCCGAUUCUCCAGCGCCACAGUGGUGGGCAACGCCUUCCAGGGGGGACGCUGGGGACAGGAGGAGGUGUCCAGCGCAUUCCCGCUGACCCUGGGAGAGCCCUUUGAGAUGGAGGUGAGCGUAGAUGCAGAACACUUCCACGUUUAUGCCCAGGAACAAAAGGUACUCCAGUUCCCACACCGUCACCGGCCACUGGCCACCAUCACCAGAGUGCGGGUGCUCAGCGACCAUCGGCUGGCCCAGGUGGAGCUGGCCAAGCGGAGCCUGAGCUGGGGGGAUGGGGGCUACUGAGCAGACUGGACCACAGCCUACAAGAGCCAGCCUUGGCCAUCCUGUAUCCCCUGCCAGCUGGAGCCACACGCUAUAGAAGCUGGGAAACCAAGGCUCUGUGUGAACC